AUGGUGCAAAGCCUCGCUGACAGAGCUACUGAAAUUGCGGAGUCCCUUCGAAACAAGGUUACUGAAGCUCUUCCUUUGGACAAUCCCAAGGUGUCCAAGCUCUUUGCAUGCGUUGCCCCAAACGAAGAGGCAGAAUUUGCAGAUGAUGAUGACAGCAUGUACUCUGGAGUAAACAACAAUCAGGAGAAUACCAACCAUAAAACCAACGCCAACACGUUUGCGUCUAUGAAUGAACAAAUGCGCAGCGUUGUCAACACCACGUUCAACAAGAAGUUCCGAUGCAAUGGGGAGGAUGACGCCGAUACCAAGCUCACGGAAAACGAUAACGGAAGCUCCUACUAUGACGACUAUACCAAUGCCUCUCGAACUGUUGGUUUGAACACAGUUGACGGACGUAAUGAUGUCAGCGGUGCCAAUAUCCUGGGUGCCAACAAGAACACAACCAAUAGAGUUCCCAAGCAAUCGUUCAAAGACAAGUAUGUCCAAAUGAAAAAGAAUCAACAGUUCUCCGUAAUCAAGUCAGAUAAAUCCGGUAAGCCGUCCUUGUCCAUCAACGCUGGACAAGCCGUGAAGGAUUAUGACGACGCUAAGACUGAAAAGCAACGCCGUGCACAACUAGCCCAACAAAAGGCUCAAGAGGUUUUGGAGAAUGCCGCCCUCCAAACUGGCGAUCCCCGUUCCCCAUCCAUGGCUGCUCGCACCCCCAUCGAUCCUUAA